GCCGCCCGCCGCUCCGGUCCCGAGCGGGUAGUGCCCGCCGACACUCGCCCGCUGGCCCGCUGGCCCGCAUGGACGCCGCGCUGCUCCUCGCCCUCGGGCUGCUGACGCAGGGCCUUGAUCUGUGCUGGGGGUACCCUGGGCUGCCCAGCACCCUGUACCCCUGGCGCCGGCCACCCACACUGGGCCGAGUACGGAGAGCCUGGGUCAUCCCGCCCAUCAGCGUGCCAGAGAACUACAAGGGGCUGCCCUACAUGUUGGUGCAGAUCAGGUCGGACAAGCGACAGCCAGGCGGGGUCCUCUACAGCAUCCAGGGCCCUGGUGUGGAUGAGGAGCCACUUGGCCUCUUCUCUGUGGAGAAGUUCUCGGGGAGGGUGUUCCUCAACGCGGAGCUGGACCGGGAGAAGAUGGCCUCCUACAGGCUCAAGGUCUUUGCCCUGGACCUGGGAGGAGCCAUCCUGGAAGAGCCCACGGACCUGGAGGUCCUGGUGGUAGACCAGAAUGACAACCGGCCGGCCUUCGUGCAGGAGGUGUUUGUUGGCCGGGUACUGGAGGGUGCAGCCCCAGGCACCUAUGUGACCAGGGCCGAGGCCACUGAUGCUGACGACCCUGACACGGACAACGCGGCACUCCAGUACUCCAUCCUGGAGCAGGCCAGCCCGGAGCUCUUCAGCAUCCACGCGCGCACUGGGGAGAUCCGCACUGUGCACGUGGGGCUGGACCGCGAGAUGGUCACUGUGUACAACCUGACACUGCAAGUGGCAGACAUGUCAGGAGAAGGCCUCACUGCCACAGCCUCAGCCAUCAUCUCUGUGGAUGACAUCAAUGACAAUGCCCCUGAGUUCACCAGGAAUGAGUUCUCCAUGGAGGCCACAGAGGCAGUCAGUGGAGUGGACGUGGGGCGACUGGAGGUGGAAGAUAGGGACCUGCCCGGCUCACCCAACUGGGUGGCCAACUUCACCAUCCUGGAGGGUGACCCCAGUGGACACUUCAACAUCCGAACGGACCCCAGGACCAAUGAGGGUGUGCUGUCCGUGGUGAAGCCCCUGGACUAUGAGAGCUGCGCACAGUAUGAGCUCAGGGUGUCUGUGCAGAACGAGGCCCCACUGCAGGCAGCCGCACCGCGGAGCCGGCAGGGCCAGGCCAGGCUCAGCAUCCGGGUUCAGGACAUCAACGAGGCGCCUGUGUUCCCCAAGAACCCACUGAGAACCAGCCUGGCUGAGGGGGCACCCCCAGGGACCUUCGUGGCCACCUUCUCUGCGCAAGACCCCGAUGUGGAGCAGCUGCAGAGGGUCAGCUACUCCAAGGACUAUGACCCUGAAGACUGGCUUCGGGUGGACGGAGCCACUGGCUGGAUCCAGACGCAGCGUGUGCUGAGCCCCACUUCCCCCUUCCUGAAGGAUGGCUGGUACAGGGCCAUUGUCCUGGCCCUGGAUGAUGGCUCACCACCACGCACGGCCACCGGCACGCUGUCCGUGGAGAUCCUGGAAGUGAAUGACCACGCGCCUGCGCUGGCGCCACCGCCGGCCCCCAGCCUGUGCAGCGAGCCGGACCGCGGCCCUGGGCUGCUCCUGGGUGCCACCGACCAGGACCUGCCACCGCACGGGGCGCCCUUCCGCUUCCACCUCAGCCCCACUGAGCCGGGGCUGGGCCGCAACUGGAGCCUCAGCCAAGUCAACGGGACCCACGCGCGCCUGCGGCCGAGGCACACGCUGCCCGAGGGCCUGCACCGCCUCCGCCUGCUGCUCCAGGACUCGGGGCAGCCGCCACAGGAACGCGAGCAGCCACUAAACGUCACUGUGUGCCGCUGUGGGCCAGGCGGCGCCUGUCUGCCCCGGGCCGCAGCGCUCAGGGUUGGGGGCGCCGGCGUCGGCCUGGGGGCCCUGGCCCUGGUACUGGGGAGCGCCGCGGUGCUGCUGCUGCUGGUUCUGCUCGUGCUGCUCAGAGCGCAGUUCCGACAGCGGUCGCGGGACAGGAGUCUGCUGCGCCGCCUGCACGACGACGACGACCUUCGGGACAACAUCCUCAACUACAACGAGCAGGGCGGCGGGGAGGAGGACCAGAACGCCUACGACUUAAACCAACUACGUCACCCCUCGGAGCUGGCGGCGCCGAGCUUCACCCCGGGCCGGCCACCCCUGCGCCGAGAGGCCCCCCAGGGCCGCGGACGUCCCCAGGUGCCCCGGGCGCCGCCCGCCAGCCCCGCGGACAUCGCCGGCUUCAUCCGCGACGGCCUGCAGGCUGCCGACAGCGAUCCCACUGUGCCACCGUAUGACACGGCUCUCAUCUAUGACUACGAGGGGGACGGCUCUGUGGCCGGGACUCUGAGCUCCCCGGUGUCCAGCCUGGGGGACGAGGACCAGGACUACGACUACCUCCAAGAUUGGGGCCCACGCUUUGCCCGGCUGGCGGACCUGUAUGGACACCCGUGAGGCCGGCUGGGGCAUGGGAUGUGUUAUCUGGACAGAGCCACCCGCCUGCAGACUUCGUCCGGGCACCUAGAGACCCAGGUGCAGGUUACGGCCAGCCCAGCCCUGGGGCAGGUCUGGGAGAUGACCGCCUGUGUCGCACAAGCACCUGCCUCUGCCGCCCCCUAGUGGGUAUGCCUCUGCAUGACACUAUGGACCUCAA